AUGUCUUCAUUUGAUGUUAAAGAAGAAAUUGUUUCUGAAGAUAAAGUCAAUGUAUUAAAUGUCUCUGAAGAUGGGAUGAUUGAAGCAAAAGCAUUAGGAUCUAUUAAAUGUCAAUUAAAAUUUAUUCAAAGAGCUGAUGGUUCAUGUGCUUAUAGCCGUAAUGGAAAUAUGUUAAUUUGUUCAGUUAAUGGUCCAAGUGAUGUUAAACAAGAUUUUAGAAAUGAUAAAGAAAUGUUUGUUGAUUUAACUAUUUCUGGAGCAAAAGAUAGAUGUUCACAAUUUCAACUUCAACAUGUAAUACUUCCAAUUAUUCGUGGUGCAUUAGUUCUUGAAAAUUAUCCUCGUGCUAGUGAUUGUAUAAAUGCAAUAUUUCUUGCACUUUUAGAUAACGGUAUUGAAAUGAAAUAUCAAUUUUGUGCCAUUACCGUUAUACAAGAAAAAGUUAGUAGAAAAUUUAUUCUUAAUCCUACUAAAGAAGAACAAAUAAAUGCUGAAUGUACUUAUGAAUUAGUUUAUAAACCUUCAUUAACUAAUGGAGCUGAUUUAAUUGGAAUAGAAUGUAUUGGAAAUUUUAUUUUUCAAGAAUUUGAAGAUGCUUGUAGAAUUGGUGUCAAAGCGUCAAGUACAAUUUUUGAUUUUUAUAGAAAUCUUAUGUCAAGAAGUUUGCAAUAA